AUGUAUCUUACAAAAAAUGAUACUAUGAAAUUGUAUUUAAAAACUCGACAAGGUUUUGUUAGACUAGCAUUAAAACAUGGUGCUUCAUUAGUACCUGUGAUUUCAUUUGGAGAAAAUGAACUUUAUCGACGAUAUACUUAUUUUAAUUUACUUGGCAAUGGUAUGCCUUGGGGACGACUCCUUCUUUGGCAUAUACCACUUCAACGUCCUGUAGUUACUAUUGUUGGCAAACCAAUUCAUGUUAAACAAAAUGUUAAUCCAACUUCUGAAGACAUCGAUCAACUUCAUAAUGAAUAUAUUCAAGCUGUAGAAGAACUUUUUGAAGUGAACAAACAUAAAUAUAAAUUAGGACAUGUAAAACUAGAAAUUGUCUAG